AUGGCUCCUAUCGACCAUCACCACCAUCACCACCACCACAACGAGGAUCAAAUAUUGAGCGAGGCAUUAAUGAUGCAUCAGGAACCUUUUCAAGAUGAUGGACCAACUAUUGAACAUCACCAUCAUCAUACAACAUUAACUCCAACAACAACACAGAAUAGGGAAUGUGGUAGUAACAAGGAAUUAUUAAAUGAACAGGAUGGACAUCCUAUGAGCAUUCACUGUGGAGCAAUUGGUCAAGAGGAAAAAUCAAUGAUCGAAAAAAGUAAUCAUUUAAAUACUACAUCAAAAAACUGUGAUGAAUUUAUUUGUGAAUUAUACAAAACAAUAAUGGCAAAGAAAUUCGAUGACAAAAAUUUAGAUUCUACAUUCAGCUAUUUUAAAUCAUUGAAUGACAUAUCAAUCUGUAAAUGCAAUUUUUGUGGGAAUAUCAUUUUAACUGAUUAUUUAGUGAUGCAUUUAGAGUUGUGUGAAUUUUCCAAAAUUUUAAAUCCUAAAACAUUAAUGGUGCAGUCUAGACAAAACGAAUCAAUGAUUGAAUCAGAAAAAUCAAAUCAUUCUUCACUCAACAAUGAACAAAAUGAAAAGAAAAUCUCAUCCACUACAAAUAAUCUCUCAAAACAAGUCGAAGGUGAGCCAGCCAACAAACAAGAACGGCCAAAAACAAGACAAUUAACAAGGAGAAGUGCCACUAAAUCCACACCCUUUACAACUGAAAAGGGUCAAGAAAAAUCUACCCAUGUCGACAAUGACACCAACAAAAAAACUCCAACACCACCAAAGACGCACAAUGCUGUUGCAACUGCCACAACAAAACACGGCUACUCAACAAGACAAUCUGUAAAAUUAUUGGAUCGAGAAAUGCAAUCCAUUGUGAAUGAUAGUCCAUCAUCAUCAUCAUCAUUAGGAAUGCAUGCAAAAUCUCCCUCGAAAGGUCAAAAGAAUCAAACUCUCAGCUCAACUUCCAUCCUCAAUGAACUUACUGAAAGUCUUUCUCAAAACACCACUACCAUCACUCCUAGUAAUAAGCAAAACAUGUCUCCCUUGCUACCACCUCUUCCACCUAUCAAUAGAAAAAGAGACAAAACAACCUCAAGCUCCAAUCUCACAACAACAACAACAACCACUACUCAACCAUCAUCAACGACAACCACAACGGUAUCUACUGCUGCUGCUUCUUCUGAAGAACCUCCCACAAAGGUCAAGCGAUUCGUUAAAUUAUUGGAUCCUCCUCAUCAUCAUGGAGCGACGACGACUGCUGCACUCAACACUAAAUCCAACAACACUACUUUUGGUUCAAAUACUUGUUCCAAAUUGUCCACCAAUGCAUCCAUUAUUGGUGAUUGUGAUAGGGCAAGCAACAACAACACCUCCAGCCAUGUAAAAGUCAAAAACUUUUCCAUACGAAAAACGAACACGAUAACUCCUCCUGCUGGGAGUGUCUCUUCCAGCAGCACCGUGUUCUCUCUUUCGAAAAAUGUCGAGACAGUCUCAAUUCCAUUCAACACAGGAACAACUGUAACAGCCAUUAAGGAUGGUUCCACCACUACCAUCAAAACACCUUCAAGUAACAUUACUACUACUACUCCUACGACCGUCAUGAACAACACCACCAACACUACACAGGAGAACAAUUCUUUGACUAGCAAAAGAUUCUUGGGUCAACCUUCAACAACCACUGCUAAGAGUGUUGUCUUAUCUAACAACAACAACAACAAGAAUCCAUCUUCACUCACCAUGCUUCCAAUCACCCCUACUAGUAGUAGUUAUCAACAACAAUCCACCACCACCAGUAGUGGAGUCAUGACCACUUCCAGUCCUUAUGCUAUGAGUAAUAUUGGUGGUAGUAGUAAUAGUGGUGGUAGUGGUAGUAGUGGUGGUUCAGGUGGAAGUGGUAAUAGUGUCAGUCAUGGUGGUACCACUACUCGGAUGGUUGGUUCCUUGAAUCUUACUUCAUCCUCCAAUUAUUAUCAUCAUCCUUACGGCUCACAGAUCCACAUGGUCAGUAGCAACAACAACAGUCCAUAUGCAAUGUCAAGUGUAUUAGUAGCUUCUACCACACCUUCACCCUAUUCUCUACCCACACAAAUUGUAACAACUUCCUUACCUUCCAAUGUGCACAGUCCUUAUUGCAUUGUGAAUCAUCAACAACAACCCUAUCGAGGUGCACCAUUGAUCACCGGUUCUUCCAGUAGUAAUAGUACGACUGUCUCUCCCUAUCAAGUGAUGACAAGUCCUAUGACCACCGUACAGCCUUCUUCUCAUCCUGUGUUGCCUCUUGCAAUGACCAAUAAUACAUUACCAAACUCAUCAAUGACCACUUUUGUAUUACCAAUCAUGAGCAGUAUGACUCUUUCGAGUAGUAGUACUUGUAGUAGUAGUGGUACUAACAGCAGUGGUCAUCAUUUGACAGCCACCACCACCACACCACCACCAUGUAUCAGUGCUUCCACACUUGUGUCUUCUCUGAAUUCAUCUAAAGGUAAUGGUGGUGGUGAUGGUCAGAGUGGUAACCACAACAACAACAACAACUCUCAUCAUCGAAUAGGAUCUGUGAGUGCACAAGAGAUCCUUCAGAAUAACCUUCUCAAUCAUAAAAAGUAA